AUGUCCAAAAACUCUCUGCCACGACACCCCAUCGUUCCAAUGCCAUCGAACAAGCGAGCGCGGAGCGCGGAUGACAACAUGAGCAACGAAGAGAUGACAAUUCCAGAGCGCUCCCAGGAUACAAACAUCAUAGAUGACUUCACCGUGCAACCAGUGAAACCCUGGAAGCAAUAUUGGGCGGAAUUGGGCAAACUUCGUCGCGAUGUAGAAGCGAAGGGGGAGGGACCGCCUGAUAUCGUGCCUAUUGAAGCAAACAAACAUGUACAGAAUGUUCCGCCAGCGAAAGGACCAGCGAAGAAACUUCGGCCCAUACCUGGAAAUGGGGAUACAACCUCUCAUGAUGAUGCAGAUGAUGCAGAUGAUACCGAACACGACUGUGGACAAAACUCGGACAACGAUGAAUUUGCUGAGUUCAAUUAUCUAGAGCAUGUGGACGGAAUGGUUGACAAGGUUGAUCCAGCAAGCCCCAAGAAGACCUUGCGAACUUGCUCCAAGUCAUACAACUCCUACGCAGGUGUUGGCCCAGGAUGGCUCAAUGAUGCUGUCAACGCAGAAACGGAAGGUGCUACCGAGACAUUAGUCAGAGAAGCUGAACUUCGUCACCAGAUAAUUGCUGAAGGUUUCUUUAGAUCGCUAGGCUUUCGGAGAGUUGGGUCGUCGAGGUGGCUUGCUCUAUCCAGCAACCCGGAGCAUCCGUGCCAUUCGCUAGAUGCAGCAGCAGAUUUCGAAUUACCAACCCCUCCGCAACGCACCAUCAGUAUGAAGACUGCGGAAGUAUUCGAUGAAUGUAUCAACCUGGACGACCAAGCUGUUUAUGAGCGACUCAAAAGUUUGCCUAAGGACAAGUCGCCUCACGAUCCGGAACGGCAAGUCGCGAAUGCGAAUGGCAAUACCAUGCUGCAUUACGCUGCGAUUGGAUCCAAACCUAGAACACUGUCAUGGAUUCUCGAAAAGACAAAGGCGAGACAUCGUUAGAUGCACCCUACUUAUUUCACGAAAAACUCAGGAUCAAACGUGAGCAUGGUAUGCUCAUCUUGAGGGUUUCUGACGAAUUCGAGGGCUUCAGUGACAAU